GACGUCUGCCAGAGGCCAGAUGUGGGCCGGGAGGGCCCAGGCCUCGCUCCGGGUGUGGGCAUUGUGGCCCGCAAGGGUCCCCGGGAGGAGACUUCUGAGCUGCAAUACUGCGUCGCAGACCCGAAGUAACGCCCCGCGGUGUUGGAACUGCGGCGGCGCCGGCCCCGGGGGCCCGCGACGGGGGGACGUGUUCUUCUGCCCUCACUGCCGCGUGUUACAGCCACCCGAUCCCACUCGGGAUUACUUCAGCCUAAUGGAUUGCACCCGCUCCUUCAAAGUUGAUACCAUGAAGCUCCAGCAGAGGUACCAGCAACUGCAGCGUCUGGUCCACCCCGAUUUCUUCAGUCAGAGGUCUCAGACUGAAAAGGAGUUCUCCGAGAAGCAUGCAACCCUGGUGAAUGAGGCCUAUAAGACCCUUCUGGCACCCCUAAGCAGAGGACUAUACCUUCUAAAGCUCCGUGGAAUAGUGAUUCCUGAAGGGACAGAUGGUGAAUUGGAAAAGCAAUUCCUCGUGGAAAUCAUGGAAAUCAAUGAAAAGCUGGCAGAAGCACAGAAUGAAGCUGCUGUGAAUGACAUUGAAUCCGUUGUCUCAGUCAAACAGAAAGAAUGCAUCAGCACUGCGAGCAGAGCGUUUGAACAAGAUGACUUUGAAAAAGCCAAGGAAAUGCUAACAAAACUGAAGUAUUUUUCCAAUAUAGAAGAAAAGAUCAAGUUAAAGAAGAUUCCGCUCUGAUUGUUGCUCAUUUCAAAAGUUUCCCCAAUAAAGUACCUGUAUGUCUUG